CCCUGGAGCACUUCCGCCCUGUUGUGAAGUGGGUGUCUCGGUGGAGGCUUGGGGAGCACUUCCUCUCCCAGCACCCCUUGAAAGACACGGUCGAUGUAGGAAGACAUUGGGGGAGGCCAUGGCUGUCGCCUUGGGGUCCCAGACCCAGAACUCUCCCCCACGAGAGCCUGAAGAACUCCUGAUUGUGAAGCUGGAGGACUCGUGGCGGUCUGAAAGCAGACCCCGGGAGAAGGACGCGGCCCCCGGCCCUGAGGCUUCCCGGCAGCGGUUCCGGCAGUUCCAGUACAGGGAUGCAGCGGGACCCCACGAAGCCUUCAGCCAGCUCUGGGCACUCUGCUGUCACUGGCUGAGGCCGGAGAUCCGCCUCAAAGAGCAGAUCCUGGAGUUGCUGGUGCUGGAGCAGUUCCUGACCAUCUUACCCCAGGAUGCACAGGCCUGGGUGCAGGCACACCACCCUGAGAGUGGCGAGGAGGCUGUGGCGCUGGUGGAGGACUGGCACCGAGAGAGCCAGGCUGCAGAACCACAGGAGCUGGAACUGUACGCAGAAGAGAACAGGUCACUAAAGCCAGAGCAGGAGUCUCAGGAUCUCCAGCUCCACCCAGCGGGUCCCAGGCCUGAGGAGCAGUCUCAGGAGGAGUGGGCGAAGCAUCACUGCGCUGGUCUUCCCAAGCACCCAGGCAACAAGCUGGCACCGCAGCCCUUGACGGAGAGCAGCGUCCUCACCUCCCGAGUUCCUACUCUUCCCAAAAUGGGCAUCCCCGGAGACUGGAAGGUGACCACUGAGUCCCAGGAAACCACAGGCCUUGGCAAACAUGCAGAGAUGGAGUGCCACAAGGACCCCCCGGGAGACAGCUGCGGGAAUGGUGUGUUCCUGGGUGUUCCGGUUUCAAAACCAGGUAUCUCCCAGCAAGAGCAAGAACCAGAAUUUUGGGGCCCAGGUUUUAUGAAUUCUGGAAGAAAAGGCACUGUAGAUUCAAACAUAGACAGUGAGCAGACCAAAGCGCCUCAGGCGUUGGCGUGGAGGGACUCGAGGGCCUGGGAAGAACAGUGCCAGUGGGACGCAGAGGACAUGAAGGUGUCAGGUGUGCACUGGGGCUACGAAGAGACAAAGACCUUCCUGGCCAUUUUGAGUGAGUCCCCAUUCUCUGAGAAGCUCCGGACUUGUCACCAGAACCGCCAGGUGUACAGGGCCAUUGCCGAGCGGCUGAGGGCCCGGGGCUUCUUGCGGACCCUGGAGCAGUGUCGCUAUAGGGUCAAAAACCUCUUGAGGAAUUACCGAAAAGCCAAGAGCAGCCACCCGCCGGGGACAUGCCCCUUCUACGAGGAGCUGGAGGCCUUGGUGAGGGCUCGGACAGCCAUCAGAGGCACCGAUGGCCCAGGAGAGGCUGCGGCACUUCCCAGACUGGGGGACAGUGACGCAGAGAUGGAUGAGCCUGAAGAAGGGGGCUGGGAGCCUGAAGAAACAGCAGAAGACUGUGAUGGUGACGGCCUAGCCACUGAUGAGUCCAUCCAGGGGCCCAGGACUCCAGGAGUCCCAGCUUUGUUCCACAGUCGUAUUGCAGGUGUGCACUGGGGCUACGAGGAGACCAAGACCUUCCUGACCAUUCUCAGUGAGUCUCCGUUUUCUGAAAAGCUUCGCACCUGUCACCAAAACAGCCAGGUGUACCGGGCCAUUGCCGAGCGGCUCUGUGCACAGGGUUUCCUGCGGACCCUCGAGCAGUGUCGCUACAGAUUCAAAAACCUCCUGAGGAGUUACCGGAAAGCCAAGAGCACCCACCCACCAGGGACGUGCCCCUUCUUUGAGGAGCUGGAUUCACUGAUGAGGGCUCGGACGGCCAUCCGAGCCAUGGGCGCCCUCAGGGAGCCAGAGGGUCUCCAGCGGUCUGGGCAGAGCAAAACCAAGACUGACCCCCAGGAGACCUGGGAUGAGAUGGCUGAGGAAGAAGCCACCAAACCUCAAACCCUGUGUCCCACAACUCCAGAGACAGGUUUUGAAAUGAAGCAUGAGGAAGAAGACCAGAUUUCAGAGCAGGACAUUUUUGAGGAUUUGCCUGGACCCUUAGCAAAAUGUACCACAGAAGAUGUUUGCCAUCCUCCAGGUUGGGGGGAUGACAGUGAAAAUGAAAAUGAAGGUGAAGGACAGUGGGGAAAUCCCUCAAAAGAACCAUGGGAAGAAUGUUCUUCUGAAGAGGACUUAGAAAAGCUUAUUGAUCACCAAGGCCUCUACCUAGCAGAGAAGCCCUACAAGUGUGACACCUGUGUGAAAAGCUUCAGUCGGAGUUCCCACUUUAUGGCCCACCAGCGGAUACACACGGGUGAGAAGCCCUUCAAAUGCCUUGAGUGUGGGAAAAGCUUUAGUGACCGCUCCAACCUCAACACCCAUCAGAGAAUCCACACUGGAGAGAAGCCCUACAAAUGCCUUGAAUGUGGGAAAAGCUUUAGUGACCACUCCAAUCUCGUGACCCACCAGAGAAUCCACACAGGGGAAAAGCCCUAUCAAUGUGGAGAAUGCUGGAAAAGCUUCAACCAGAGCUCAAACCUUCUGAAACAUCAGAGAAUCCACGUCGGAGGAAAUGCGGACCCCUGUCGUGAAGUUGGGGAAGACUUGGGCCAAAGCCCAUCCUGCAGUGCUCCCUGGAGGAACAUAGCUGAGGAGCCAACUCCUGAACAACCCCAAAGUGCCAGUAAGGACUUGAAUUCUCCUGGAUUGCACAGCACCAACUCAGGGGAGAAACUCUAUAAAUGUUCUGAAUGUGGAAGAAUCUUCUCGAAGAGCUCUGCCCUCAUUAGUCACCAAAGAAUCCACACAGGCGAGAAACCGUAUGAAUGUCCUGAAUGUGGGAAGAGCUUCAGUAAGAGCUCGACACUGGCCAAUCAUCAGCGAACGCACACAGGUGAGAAGCCAUAUAAGUGUGCGGACUGUGGCAAGUGCUUCAGCGAGCGCUCCAAGCUCAUCACCCACCAGAGAGUACACACAGGGGAGAAACCCUACAAAUGCCUCGAGUGUGGGAAAUUCUUCCGUGACCGCUCUAACCUCAUCACGCACCAGAGAAUUCACACGGGAGAGAAGCCUUACAAGUGCAGAGAGUGUGGGAAAUGCUUUAAUCAGAGCUCUAGUCUUAUAAUUCACCAGAGAAUCCAUACAGGGGAGAAACCCUACAAGUGCACCGAGUGUGGGAAAGACUUCAACAACAGUUCCCACUUCAGUGCCCACCGGAGAACUCACGCAGGAGGAAAAGCGUCUUAGGAGACACAUCUUCCCACAGCAGCAGCUAAAUGUGGCUCUGACUCGCCAAGAUCAGAAGAUGUGCUAGACAAAACUUUCCUAGUUUUUAAGCUUAGUCUAUACCCAGGGGACUUAUUUUGAUAUAAUCCAGGUAAUUUGGAAGUGAAUUACAAAUGCUAAGGAUCCAGAUUUGAAGGCACUUUUUCUUAAGUUAAUUUGAUUUUCUUCUGUAACCGCCUAUCCCCUCACUCCCCUCCCCUCUGUGGUUUAGGAGGUUAGAGGUAAAUCAGUGAUCCUGAGCUGUGAUUCCACACCUAACUGUGCCUUUACACUGUCUGCGUGCAUACGUGCCCCAUUGAUAUGCAUCAGCAUCUGUCAGCAUGUCUUACACCUGGCAGUUUUCAGUUGGGCAUAUCCUCAGGGGAGAGCUUGUGCAGCUCUGGUGAGAGAGGGGCAUUCGGGAGAAUCUUUAACCUAGAGCAGCCCACCAGGAGCCCAGCAGCCAGUAGGAACAGCAGUGAUGUGAUUAUGAAGUUGUUGCUGAGAACAGCCAGAAACAGCCAGUCUUGAGCUUUUUUCUCUUUGGUGGACCCCGUUAGCACGCACUUUCCACACAUCUCAUUUUAACCUCACAACUGCUAUUGCAGGUAGCUACUGAUACUCUCCUCCACUUCUCAAAGGUGAAAACAGGCUUUGGGAAGUUAGGUAACUUGCUUGGGUCACACGUCUAAAAAUGGAAGAGGCAGGAUUCAACUAGAUCUGCGUGUCCCCGGAGUCUGAGGUGCGUGUACUUGCUCCGAGUCCCUUUUUACAUUGGGGCUGAUAUCUCAGGUGCCAGGACCUCCAGGUACUUUGGAAAACCGAAUUGCUGUUGAAAUACCUCUGUGAAUUCUCUUCUUAACUAAUAUGGAAAUGGGGAAUACCUAAAGAUUAAAGGACUUGGGAUAUUCAGAAUUGGCAGCAAGCUUUGAGCAAGGCUAAGCUAUUUCCAAGCAUUUUAUACUCAUUUCCAUCUUUAUAGUCACAGGGGUGGAGAAAUAUAGAUGGGUGGAGACUGGGAAAAAGAUAUAGCUAAAGUGAUGUUUCUUCCAGCAGGUACUGCUUUCACUAAGGGCUUUUAGAAUUUUCAUUUUUUCCAGAAGCUAGUCCUGCUGCUGUUAAAUGUGACUGUAUCUUAACUGAAAGCUUACGAAUCUGAGCUUCCUUGUUAGUGUUCGCUCUUCCCUGCAUUUUUAGCAUCUCUGGCUCUUUCUCUCUUGGCAUGGCAGAAACUUGACUUUUCACUCCCAUGCCAAGGCUGAGACAGAAGGAAGAUAAAUGGAGGCAAGUGUGUCAACACUUUUCUGUUCUAGGUUCAUGGCACAAUUUUAUCCCAAACCAGCUUUCUCCCAGGCCUAGCCCAGGUGUUCUAAAUGUUGUUGUUGAAGAAUCCCCUCCGCACAGACCCACUAAAUCAGAAAGGAUGAUUUCUCACUUGUAGCAUUCGAGUUUCCAGAGUUUCUCCCUCAGAGGGUUUGAAAGUGUUGGCCAAGGACUGGUAUCUCUUAGAUUUUGAAAGAAAAUCCCUGACCCUUGCUUGCAAUAGUGGGGUGCUCUUUAUUUCCUGGUUCGUUCACAGGCUGGGAAGUAUUGAUCAGAUAGUGGCUCUGAACCAGGAAGAAUGGGACUUUGAAUACACUUGAAGUCAGUGGAGAGAUUUGUGUUCCUGUAGAAUGAAAUGCUUCCUUGGCUUUCCAAGAACCAGCUCAUCUGGAGCCCCUACCUACAACUCCUUCCCCGUUGACAGCUCCUGUCUCCCAUGACCUGUGAGGGGCAGGGGUUAUGAGUUAUAUUUGUAGUGGCAAAGGCCACACCUUUGUUACUGCAUUAACAAAGGUGCCAUCUAAGCCUUGGAGAAGAGAGUUCAAAGGAGAGGCUUGGUAAUAAGAAAUAACAUGGGUUUGGGGCAGGGUGGGGAUGAUAGCAUCUUAGUGCUAUGGGGGUAUAAAAUGGGAGGUAGGGAAUAGUGAGAGCUGAGACAGGAUAGCACCAGGGCAAGGUCAUGGAGACCUCAUAUCUGAGUGGAGCAUGGAUUCCAGGCUUAGAUUUAAUAAUCUAAUAGCCUAAUGCAACUUUUGGACAUGCUGCAGUUAAGACAUACGUGUCAGGAUGCUGUUGCAGUAUUCCAUUGAGAAGAUGAGGGUCCCACCUAGAGCAGGGUUCCCCCUGAAAAGGAGGGGAAGGGAUCUGAGAGGUUUCCGGGGCAGAGUUGAAGAUAGCAGAAAGUUGGGUUGACUGGACAAAACAUGUCAUCAUUCAGGAUUGAGACACAGGGAGACACAGGUAAGGCAGAAGGGCAGAUCACAAAUUUAGUUUGGGUUGUUUUGAACUUGUGCCUAAAAACAUCAAGUGGUGAUAGGCCUCUGGAUAUCUGGGCCCAAAUCUAGGGGCGAGCCAGAAUAUUCUCUAUGCACAACACAUAACACCCAUGAGAAAGGAAGUGUGUCCAGAGUCAGAGGAAGAUUGGUGUAGGAUGGAACUGGAGAAUUCAUCGCCCUUCACUCCUGCACUUUCCUGUCUUUUGGACACUGCCUCCACUGCUGUCGACAUCUGGGUUCUCAAUACACUCCUGAACUUUCUGGAACCUUCACUGUGGACGCUAAGCUGAAGUCUGUGUAGAAAUGAGGGGAACCUUAUCCCCCUCUCCCUCAUUGAGUUCACCUGUUCCUGUGCUCUGGGCUGUGUGCUAGUGUCUCACAUUCUCAGUGAAUUUUUUCGAUGCUUAUUAUAAUAUCUUGCUCCUUUCUAGAAACUCUGUAACUGUAGAUUCAGCCAUGAAAUCCAGGGCAUUAUGAGCCAGAAGGGGAUCGUGACCCUCAGUGGCCACUCCCCAUGUCCCAGACUCUUCCUUAGGAAGACUCUUCCGUAUGUUUCCUUUUCGGUGGCUGCUGUGUUUGGGGGCCCUGGACAUUCUCCAACAGGUCUUUGCUGCCCAAAUAAAAUGACAUCUGGUUUGCCAU